AUGUUUGUCCGCUCAACGGCUGCAUUAAAUUGGCAUUAUAAGUACUGGCAGAGACAGACUGCUGGAUAUUUACGAACAUAUAUGAAGAACAAGAUGCCCGGUAACGAGAUGAUAGGAUUCGUGGUUAACGAUAAACACCCUAAAAGUGUCCGAGUGUUCUGCGAUCGCUUCAUGCAUGUCAUGAGGUAUAAGAAGACCUUCCGGUACACGAAGAAGAUAUGGGCACAUGAUGAGAACUCCGAGUGUCGAUUGGGAGAUAUCGUACAGGUUCAACCAUUGGGGUACAGAAUGGGGCCUUUGAAAACGUAA